GGCGCGGCGGGCGGGAAGGGGCGGGCAGCGCGCUCCCGCGGCGGCGGUGGCGGCAGUGCUCAUCCCGGCGGCCCAGCGCUCGAGUGGACGCGGGGCUUCGCAAAUGGCUUGUCCCGCUCUCGGUCUGGAAGCGCUCCAGCCCCUGCAGCCCGAGCCGCCCCCCGAACCCGCCUUUUCCGAGGCGCAGAAGUGGAUCGAGCAAGUAACUGGCAGGAGUUUUGGUGACAAAGAUUUUCGGACGGGCUUAGAAAAUGGAAUCCUUCUCUGCGAGUUGCUGAAUGCUAUAAAGCCGGGACUUGUUAAAAAGAUCAAUAGAUUGCCUACCCCCAUUGCAGGAUUGGACAAUAUUAUCCUGUUCUUGAGAGGUUGUAAAGAGCUUGGCCUGAAGGAAUCUCAACUUUUUGAUCCAAGUGACCUACAGGAUACAUCCAACAGAGUAACAGUCAAGAGCCUUGAUUGGAGCAGGAAGCUGAAAAAUGUCCUGGUAACCAUCUACUGGCUGGGAAGAGCAGCCAACAGCUGCGCUUUCUACAGUGGAGCAACGCUGAACCUGAAAGAAUUUGAAGGCUUGCUGACACAGCUGAGAAAGGAGACAGAUGACAUUGAGAGCCCCAAGCGUAGCAUUCGCGACAGCGGCUACAUCGACUGCUGGGACUCGGAGCGCAGCGACUCCCUCUCUCCUCCGCGCCACGGCAGAGAUGAUUCCUUCGACAGCCUGGAUUCCUUUGGCUCCCGCUCCCGCCAGACACCUUCGCCAGAUGUAGUUCUCCGGGGAAGCAGCGAUGGGAGAGGCAGCGACUCGGAAUCCGACUUGCCUCAUCGGAAGCUGCCAGAUGUGAAGAAGGAUGACAUGUCUGCAAGACGGACAUCCCAUGGUGAGCCGAAAUCAGCUGUGCCUUUUAACCAGUACCUCCCGAACAAGAGCAAUCAGACGGCCUAUGUCCCCGCUCCCCUGAGGAAGAAGAAGGCCGAGCGAGAGGAGUAUCGCAAGAGCUGGAGUACCGCCACCUCCCCCCUGGGCGGGGAGCGGCCCUUCAGAUACGGUCCAAGAACUCCUGUGUCUGAUGACGCAGAGAGCACGAGUAUGUUUGACAUGCGGUGCGAGGAGGAAGCCGCGGUGCAGCCGCACAGCAGGGCCCGCCAGGAGCAGCUGCAGCUGAUAAAUACCCAGCUGCGCGAAGAGGACGACAAGUGGCAGGACGACCUGGCUCGUUGGAAGAGUCGUAGGAGAAGUGCUUCCCAGGACUUAAUCAAAAAAGAGGAAGAGAGAAAAAAAAUGGAGAAGUUACUGGCUGGCGAGGAUGGGAUAAGUGAACGGAGGAAAAGCAUCAAAACCUACAGAGAAAUUGUGCAAGAGAAAGAGCGGAGGGAGCGGGAGUUGCACGAGGCCUACAAGAACGCGCGGUCCCAGGAGGAGGCGGAAGGCAUCCUGCAGCAGUACGUGGAGCGGUUCACCAUCAGCGAGGCGGUGCUCGAGCGCCUGGAAAUGCCCAAGAUCCUGGAGCGAAGCCACUCCACGGAGCCCAGCUUCUCCUCCCUGCGGGGCGACCCCAGCCCCAUGAAGUACCUGCGGCAGCAGUCGCUGCCUCCCCCCAAGUUCACUGCCACCGUGGAGACCACCAUCUCUCACCCUGGCGUGCAGGAGGCCAGCGGGGCAGCCAGCAGUGGGUCUCCCAGCAAAACGGUCCCCCCCAAAGCAGUGCCUAUGCUGACAGCCAAGCCUUAUUCUCAGCCCAGGAACUCCCAGGAAGUCCUGAAGACCUUUAAGGUCGAUGGGAAAGUCAGCAUGAAUGGAGAAACAGUUCAUUCCGACGAGGUAGAGAAGGAACAGGAGUGCGUCACACUGGCCCCGGUCCCUUCAUCAGCCUCACCCCAGAUGCUGGAUGCUGCAGCCAGCGUGCAUGGAGACCCCAUGGAGACACAGCAAGACAACAGUAGCGCGAAGAUCAGCAUAGAGAAACCAGGUUCUGCUCUCCCGGAAUCAACCACAAAUACGGAAGAUGCUGGACCAAAUAGUCAAGAGGAUGAAAAUGAUGGUGGAAAACAAGAUAAAAGGAAUUCAGAAUUCGCCUCAUCAGAGCCGCAGCAUUUCACAACCACUGUGACUCGAUCCAACCUGAAUGUGACGUUUGUGGAGUUCGCCUCCAGUCCCCAGCCGAAGGACGAUGUGCCAGAAGAAAAGGCCCCGAAGAAGCCAGACAAUGAAAUGAGUGGAAAGGUGGAGCUGGUGUUGUCACAGAAGGUGGUAAAGCCAAAAUCUCCAGAGCCAGAAGCAACCCUGACGUUCCCAUUUCUGGAUCAAAGGCCUGAGACCAACCAGUUACACUUGCCAAAUCUUAAUUCUCAAGUGAAUUCUCCAAGCGCUGAAAAGUCACCUGCCAGCACACUGCAGUUUAAGUUCUGGGCCUGGGACCCUGAAGAGGAACGCAGGCGACAAGAGAAAUGGCAACAAGAACAGGAGCGUUUGCUUCAGGAGAGAUACCAGAAGGAGCAGGACAAGCUUAAAGAAGAGUGGGAAAAAGCCCAGAAGGAAGUGGAAGAGGAAGAACGCAGAUACUAUGAGGAGGAACGGAAAAUAAUUGAAGACACUGUAGUUCCCUUUACUGUUUCUUCAAGUUCUGCAGACCAGCUCUCUACAGCCUCCUCUGUCACAGAAGGCAGCACCACGGCGAAUAAGUUGGACUACUUGGAAUGCCAUCGAGAAGAACAGGAGAGAAGACAGAAGAAACUGUUCCAGAAGGAGCACAAUGAUUUGUUGCUUAACACAAGGGAAUGCGGUUCUUCUUCGGAGGGAAAGAGCAGCCAAACUCAAGGGGUUCUAGAACUUUCUGAGACCCCUCUACCACAAGGACUCCAAGAGGACCAUCUGCCGGAUGCAGAAAUGAACCCCCACCUGGCUCAAGAUCCAGCCUGGCAUCAGCAGACAUUGAACCCACCCAUUCCCACUUUUGAAGAUGUGAAGCCAAAAACCCUCCCAUUGGACAAAAGCAUUAACCAUCAGAUGGAUUCUCCAAGUGAAAGGCGGAAGAAAAGCCCUCGUGAGAACUUCCAAGACCACUGGCACCUCUCCCCCUGCUCCCCCACCCCUCCUAGCCAGUCACCAAACAGGUACAAGAGGUCUAUAAGUGGGAAGAAACUCUGCUCUUCCUGUGGGUUGCCUCUGGGGAAAGGAGCAGCCAUGAUCAUCGAGACCCUCAAUCUCUAUUUUCACAUCCAGUGCUUCCGGUGUGGAAUUUGCAAAAAUCAGCUGGGAGAUGCAGUGAGCGGGACGGAUGUUAGGAUCCGAAAUGGUCUUCUCAACUGUAAUGAUUGCUACAUGCGAUCCAGAAGUGCUGGCCAACCCACCAUGCUGUGAUGUGGUUUCAUGUUUCCAAAACCCUCACCUGAGAGUCUCCCUGGCAAUCCUUUAACAGAAUCCUAAAUUCAGGGUCUUCUCAACAUUCAUCUUUAAUCUGAAAAGGCUAUUUUAAAAAAUGGUAUCUGUUCUUUUAUAUGACAGUGUUAGUGUUUUUCCUGGUUAAUUUUUCAUGUGUAAUUUUUUUUAGCAUUUCCACACAAUAUACGAAAGAAUAUUGAAUUGUAAUGAUCUGGAACAGUUCAAAAGAAGGUUUUUAGCAUGGUCGAAUAGGCUUAUGGCUUAAAAUGUGUUAUUCUCUUCUUUGGGAAUUCAUGAGUUAAAUAAUGCAAUAAAUCUGUUUUUGUUUGA